ACCGUUUCAACUGCAUCCCCGCCGAGCCUCCACCUGCCCCGCGCGGCGCCGAGCCCCCCGAGCCCGGCGUGGCGCUCAACAAUUUGGUAACUCUUAUUCGACAUCCAUCUGAAUUAAUGAAUGUUCCUCUUCAUCAGCAACAAAACAAAUGUACGACCUUAGUGAAAAAUAAAACUGCUGCUGCGACGACUGCUCUGCAGUUUACGUGCCCGCUGUUCACUGCGAACGCGUGCUCUGCUGGUGGGAACUCUAACCUCUCACAAACGCAGAGUUCUGGUAACUCCUGUUCUGUACUUGAAGCUGCCAAGCAUCAGGAUGCUGGAUUGCCCCGGGCGUUUUCUUUCUGUUACCAGCAAGAAAUUGAAUCCACUAAACAGACUUUGGGCGGUAGAAACAAAGCUUUGCCGGAGCAGGUCUGGAUUAAAGUAGGAGAAGAAGCGCUAUGUAAACAAGCGAUAAAUAAGAGGAAUCGGAGUCGGAUGCGUCAGCCGGACACGAGCGUGGAGCGGAGAGCCCUCGGGGAGAUCCAGAACGUGGGCGAGGGCCCCAAAUCCUCCUCGGUCUGGAGACUUGACCUGGGGGCCGCUGUGUGGCGGGAGGGGGGUCCCAGGGCGGGAGGGCCCCGUCUGAGCUCUCGGCCGCCCGCUGUAUUCCUCUGGGCUGCCUCGGCUUCGCCAUGUGACACCCUUGGGUUUGACUGUAGGCGCAGAAUCCGCAUUUGCUGUGACGAGUUGAACCUUUUGGUCCCGUUCUGCAACGCCGAGACGGACAAGGCCACGACUCUGCAGUGGACCACGGCAUUCCUGAAGUACAUUCAGGAAAGACACGGAGAUUCUCUGAAAAAGGAAUUUGAGACUGUGUUUUGCGGUAAAACUGGUAGAAGGCUAAAGCUGACCAGACCAGACUCCCUGGUGACGUGUCCCGCACAGGAGAGCCUGCAGAGCAGCCCCACUAUGGAGACCAAGUGACCAGGCGUGGACGGGAAACCUGGGGAAGUACGUGGCCGUCCCUUCGUGACCCGCAGACGCUCUCCUCCAGACCUGGGACUCCGCUCGACAGUCUAACGCUCCAGGGACACGGCUCAGCUGAUGGGACUCCGGUGGGGACUUUGAAAGCACAUUUUGUAAAAAUAUUUAAGACAAAACAUCCAUUAAUGUCCUCUUAGACCUUUUGGGGACAAAGACAUCUUGACAAUUUGUAAGUAAUUUUCAAUUAUCUGUCUGAUUCUAUCAUGUUUUCUUAACAUGAUAACGUAAAGAAAUUAACAUCCUUUGUAAUUGCUUUGGUCUUAAAGGGUACAUAGCUUUUUACUUAUUUCAUUUACAUUUUAAAUAUGCCCCUUAGCAACUGGAACAAAUUAGCUGUUCGUAACUGUAAGUAGUUUGGAAUUUGUAUUUCACUUGUUUAUCGCUUGCCCUUGCAGUGAUUUCCAGCCACACGGAGCUGCACUGCAAAACGCAGUCCUGUGUUAAACCGCUCUGCUGGAAGCUUUCCAGAGACCCCCUUUACAGGUGCUUUUGCCCAUAAGUGAAACGCUGUCACAGCGGUUGCUUCAGUGCCCUCGCUCCACAUUGAGUCAUUACUUUCUGUGUAAUAAACUGUAGUGUUUGGAACGGA